AUGCCCUUCAAUGGCGACGAGGAGAGGGAAAGGGGGGAAUACAGGCUUCUAGUAAAUGAGCAUCCUGACGAUCCCAUCGACGAGUCCUCACAAAACCAUAUUCUCCACAUGGGCGAGCUCGACGACGACAGUCCUCCUCCAACCCCGCGAUUUUUGCAGGACCAGAGCUCAUAUCGAUACCCGAAAUGGAUUCCGGGUCCCGUUCGACGUGUGAGCAAGGCGGUUGUGAAGUGGGCUGCAGGACCAGAGCCCCCGCAUAUACAUACGAUUGAUACGAUACUCCCGCUCGUACAAGAGUUUCCUCUCCGGUUGCUUGAUCGUUACGUACCAAAGAAAAGACAGAAAAUAUGUAUCUUGAUUGCCUUCUACUUUACAUGGAUCCUCACAUUUGCCAUGGUCAUGCAACAAAGUACCAUUGCUACGGAACUUGAGGGAUGGGGAACCCCAGGAAACAUUGGCUGUGGGGAUACUUAUUGGGUGCCCGGGAAUAGAUGUGGGAUGAAUGGAAACGACUGCCGGCCUUUCAAUGACAGUGGGUUUGCUUUCAGAUGUCCAGCGAAUUGCGCCAGUACGAUGGUCCUGAAUCCUCGUGCUGUAGGAGCACAAGAGAUCAACUACAGGCCGUUGGUUAUUGGAGGUCCCGCGAAGGAAGAAGAAUCUCCAGUCUACCGAAGUGACUCAUUUAUAUGUGGAUCAGCUAUCCACGCUGGAAUCAUUGAUAACGCCAAGGGAGGCUGUGGAGUGGUUUCUCUCAUAGGAAAGCACAGCAACUACCCUAGUUCAAAAAAGCAUGGUAUUGAAAGUAUUGGAUUCGACUCAGAAUUUCCAUCGUCCUUCACUUUCCAACCAGGGAUUGCUUGUGAGGCCAAGGAUCCUCGAUGGCCACUCCUCUUCGUCUCGCUAACUUUCACCAUUCUACUUUCGCUAUUUACAACAUCACCUGCCUUAUUCUUCUUCAGCAUCUUCACUGGCGUGUUCUUCCAUGUUGGCCUAGCAUCAGAUCCCCCAACAUACUUCACAAUCACAGGCCUGGUCUCGAACUUGCUAGGGAAAUACCUUCCAGCCACCUUCUGUGCAUUUGUAAUAUAUCGUUACAUGGGCGUCCGGAGAGCCCUUUCUGGCCUUACAGCUCAAAUCGAGAAGACUGUCCUCUGGCUUGGAGGGCUAUGGUUCGCCGCUCUUUCCAACUACACUUUAGACUGGAUCCCCAUCCAGCGUCUCAACGCUCAUGACCUGAAACAGCAGCCUGGCGCCAAACUUGCAUUGGCUCUCAUCGUCACAUUGAUCGCCUUGAUAGUAAUCAAACAGGCGUUCUUCUUCCGCCGCGAAGGACGCCUCAUCCGUUACCUCGGCCUCUAUGGCACAUUCAUCGGAGCGAUUCUGCUCUGCCUCCUCAUCCCAGGCCUGAGCCUGCGAAUCCACCACUACAUCCUCGCUCUCCUGCUGUUGCCAGGAACGAGCAUGCAAACACGGCCGGCACUCCUCUAUCAGGGACUCCUUGUCGGCCUCUUUAUCAACGGCAUAGCGCGCUGGGGUUUCGACCCUGUUCUGCAAACCCUCAACGCCUUGCGAGGCGAUGCACAGCAUAAUUCUAAGCUUCCUAUUAUACCUCCGCCCAACAUCACCAUGGGUGAAGAAACCUCUAAAAUAUCGUUCUCCUGGCUGACACCCCCAGAGCCCUUUGAUGGAAUCUCGGUGCUGGUGAACGACGUUGAGAGGUUUAGAGGUUACACAGACGAGGGCUUCUCAAGUGACCGGAACUUUGUGUGGGAAAAGCAGGGGGAUGGGAUGCAUAGGAAUGAUUACUUCCGCUUUGCAUAUAUGCAGGGGAGCAGGAGCUGGGAUUACACGAAGGCAGGGACGUGGACAAAGGAUGGGGAGUGGGUGCCAAUGAAGAAGGGACCCAGCAGGGUCAAAAGCCGGUCUUUGAAUGGAGAAAUAUUUGGUGUCUAUUAG